UGUAUAGUAGGAUUCCAAUUGGUACCACCGAUUCGUAAUUCAGAUUCGGGUCCAAAUGGCCUUAGUUCAAUUUUUUCUAACAAAGUUAUAGAAUAUUUCUUUUAAAUACCUGCAUAGACUCUUUCUCUCUUUAUAAUUUUAAACAAUCUCUCUCUCUUCUCUCUCUCUCCUCCCCCUGGUUUCGUUGUUGCAAGCACGAAAGGCGGUGGAUUAGGGCCAAAUUUGACCUUCUCCACCCUCAAUGGAGCAGUUCACACCAAAACCUCAAAAGAGUUGUAGGCACUUGUCGCCUAUAAACACCCCCGUGCCAUCACUCCAAGCUUCUCAAUUCUUCAGAGAAUGGCUCCCCAGAAAAAGCCAUCUCGACAACUAAGGCCGAGCUCAAUCCCCUUCUCAUGGGAAGAAAAACCAGGAAUCCCCAAAAAAACUGCUUUAAAUUCAGGCAAAAAUGGUGGUUUUCCCGUCAAAAUGAUUAUCUCAGUUCCCUUCAAGUGGGAAGAGAAACCCGGAAAACCGAUUCUACAGUCGCCGCAAUUAGAAAAGCCACCUCGACAGCUGCCGGAAUUUGAAAAGCCACUUUUACAGUGGCUGGAAUCUUUAGUCAAUUUCCGGCAAACAAUAACCCGAGUUUCAAAUCCCGGCGAGUCUCAUCGUCCACUUCCCCUUCCACCAUCAAGGCAAACCAGUUUCCCAUCUCCUUCUUCAUCGUCAUCAUCACCCUGCAACUCUGUAAUCCUAAAAUCUCCAGUAUCCAGCCAUUUUAGAAGCGCUAUAUCCACCGAUUCAGAGGAAACAGAGUCUGAAUCUUCUCAAGAAGAAGAGGAGCUUUUUGAUUUGGACCUUGAAGCUUUUGCCUUUGAUUCAUAUGAAAAGACAGAAGAUGAGGAGGCUUUAAUCUCAGGGCCUUCUUUAAUGGCGAAUUGCCUUUCAACUGUAGCGGAGUUGUCCAGUGCUGUUCCUUUUGCUGAAAGGAAAGAACACAACAAAGAUGGAAAUGGUUUGGUUACAGGAAGCCAUUUUAGGUGGAGAAAUUCUUCGCGUUCGGAGCUGAGUUUUAGAUUGGAAACAGACGGAAAGUUUCAGUACAAAGAUUGGAAGACUAAGGAUAAGGUGAUAGUGAAAGGAAGAACUCCAACUCUUGGAGAAUUGAUCUUCAAAAGUUGCAGGAGGAGAAGAAGAGCAGUAGUCAUGGAUUUUGGAAUGCAGAGUCCUCCACGACUGGAAACGACGAUGAAGAGAAGAACAGGUUGCUGGAUGUGUGGAAUUAGCAACAAUGCAACAAUGGGAUCCCCAUGAUGAAUGAAGAUCCUACUGCCAAGAAGAUAGGGAUUUCAAUUAAUAGUUGUCUUUGUACAUUUUGCAGUAGGAUUCUUCAUUUUGUUUAGGUUUGGAACUGCGGAUGAGAGAUCUAGCGGUGGAGUGACAUUUGAAUGAAUCACCACAAGAUUGUACAGCUCUCUCUCUCUCUCUUUGUUAUGGCCUUUUGCUUGUAGUGAUUUAAGAUUGGUUUGAAGUACUUCUCUUUUGAAUGCAAAUAACCAGUCCUCUCUCUAA